ACCUCGGCGCCGGCUGGGAUCGCUAGGUCGCGUCGAGCUCCCCCAGUCGGGGGAGACUCCCUGCUGCCUCCGAACCGAGCUGCCCGGCCUACCGCGACAGCAGGCAGACCACUGCUCUUCAGAAACCAUGGGUGUCGCUAGCCCCAGCUGGGACUCUGCCAGGCUCCGACGCUCCGUCCAGAGGCUCCUCCAGCCCUGCUCUCCCUGCCUGUCAUGGCCACACUUGGCUGCUGCCCGCUCGUCUGGGGACAGAGGGCGCCUGGUUCCAGCCCUGUGAGGUUAAGCCAGGCCCUCUGGCUCCAUUCUACAGUGGCACUCCAGGCACCAGGCCCCUUUUAGAACAAGAGUCACUAUUGCCAUGGGAGAAACCCCUGCCCAUCCGUCCACUUGCCUGGCACUGCCCACUCUGAGGCCCAUGCCCUGGGUCCCCCUGGAGGUGCCAACCCUGUGAACCCCUCCCUGGUCCCCUGACUCUGAGAAGGUCCUGCCCACCUCCACCAUGUGUGAGGUGAUGCCCACAAUCAACGAGGGGGACCCCUUAGGGCCCCCCCAUGGUGCCGAUGCUGAUGCCAACUUUGAGCAGCUGAUGGUGAACAUGCUGGAUGAGCGGGAGAAGUUGCUAGAGUCUCUUCGGGAGAGUCAGGAAACCUUGGCAGCCACGCAGAGCCGGCUCCAGGAUGCCCUGCAUGAGCGGGACCAGCUCCAGCGCCACCUGAACUCCGCCCUUCCCCAGGAAUUUGCCACCUUAACCCGGGAGCUGAGCAUGUGUCGGGAGCAGCUUCUAGAGCGGGAGGAAGAGAUAUCAGAGCUGAAAGCAGAGCGGAAUAACACAAGGUUGCUUCUGGAACACCUGGAGUGCCUGGUGUCCCGCCACGAGCGGUCACUGCGCAUGACUGUGGUGAAGCGCCAGGCCCAGUCCCCCUCCGGGGUCUCCAGUGAGGUGGAGGUGCUGAAGGCCCUCAAGUCGCUAUUUGAGCACCACAAGGCCCUGGAUGAGAAGGUGCGAGAGCGACUCCGGGCAGCCCUGGAGCGAGUUACCACUUUGGAAGAGCAACUGGCAGGGGCCCACCAGCAGGUGUCUGCCCUACAGCAGGGGGCAGGGGUUCGGGACGGAAUGGCAGAAGAGGAGGGGGCGGUGGAGCUAGGCCCGAAACGCCUGUGGAAGGAUGAUGUUGGCCGGGUGGAGGAGCUGCAGGAGCUGCUGGAGAAGCAGAACUUCGAGUUGAGCCAGACCCGGGAGCGACUGGUCACCCUGACAGCAGCCGUGGCUGAGCUCGAGGAGGACCUGGGCACGGCCCGCCGGGACCUCAUCAAGUCAGAGGAGCUGAGCAGCAAGCACCAGAGGGACCUCCGGGAGGCUCUGGCCCAGAAGGAGGACAUGGAGGAGCGUAUCACCACCCUGGAGAAGCGCUACCUGGCUGCUCAGCGUGAGGCCACCUCCAUCCAUGACCUCAAUGACAAACUGGAGAAUGAGCUGGCCAAUAAGGAGUCCUUGCACCGCCAGUGUGAGGAGAAGGCCCGACACCUACAGGAGUUGCUGGAGGUGGCAGAGCAGAAGCUGCAGCAGACGAUGCGCAAAGCGGAGACACUGCCCGAGGUGGAGGCCGAGCUGGCCCAAAGGAUUGCAGCCCUCACCAAGGCUGAAGAGCGGCAUGGCAACAUUGAGGAGCACCUGCGGCAGCUGGAGGGGCAGCUGGAGGAGAAGAACCAGGAGCUCGCCAGGGUGCGCCAGCGGGAGAAGAUGAACGAGGACCACAAUAAGCGGCUGUCAGACACCGUUGACCGACUGCUUAGCGAGUCUAACGAGCGCCUGCAGCUCCACCUCAAAGAGCGCAUGGCCGCCCUGGAGGAGAAGAACACCUUGAUCCAGGAACUGGAGAGCUCCCAGCGGCAGAUUGAGGAGCAGCAUCAUCACAAGGGCCGCCUGUCUGAAGAGAUUGAGAAGCUGCGCCAAGAGGUGGACCAGCUGAAGGGUCGAGGGGGGCCGUUUGUGGAUGGCGUCCACUCCAGGUCACACGUGGGCAGCGCGGCGGACGUGCGGUUCUCCCACGUGCCCCCGGGAUUGCACCGCCGCUACUCAGCCCUGCGGGAGGAGUCUUCCAAGGACUGGGAGCCAUCUCCACUGCCUGGGGUGCUGGCCCCCACAGCUGCCACUGCCUUCGACAGUGACCCUGAAAUCUCGGAUGUGGAUGAGGAUGAGCCAGGGGGUCUGGUGGGCUCUGUGGAUGUUGUCUCCCCCAGUGGCCACUCUGACGCCCAGACCCUGGCCAUGAUGCUACAGGAGCAGCUGGACGCCAUCAACGAGGAGAUCAGAAUGAUCCAGGAAGAGAAAGAGUCCACAGAGCUCCGUGCUGAGGAGAUCGAGACCCGCGUGACCAGUGGCAGCAUGGAGGCCCUGAACCUAACACAACUGCGCAAACGCGGUUCCAUCCCCACGUCCCUGACAGCCCUGUCCCUGGCCAGCGCGUCCCCACCGCUCAGCGGCCGCUCGACACCCAAGCUUACCUCCCGCAGUGCUGCCCAGGACCUGGACCGCAUGGGGGUCAUGACCCUGCCCAGUGACUUAAGGAAGCAUAGGAGGAAGCUGCUGUCGCCAGUGUCUCGGGAAGAGAACCGAGAGGAUAAAGCCACCAUAAAAUGUGAGACUUCUCCUCCUUCCUCACCCAGGACGCUGCGGCUAGAGAAGCUUGGCCACCCAGCCCUGAGCCAGGAAGAAGGCAAGAGUGCUUUGGAAGAUCAGGGCAGCAACCCCAGCAGCAGCAACAGCAGCCAGGACUCCUUGCACAAGGGCGCCAAGCGCAAGGGCAUCAAGUCAUCGCUCGGCCGGCUGUUCGGGAAGAAGGAGAAGGGCAGGCUGAUCCAGCUGAGCCGGGAUGGAGCCACGGGCCAGGUUCUGCUCACCGACUCGGAGCUCAGUCUGCAGGAGCCCAUGGUGCCUGCCAAGCUGGGAACCCAGGCAGAGAAGGACCGGCGGCUGAAGAAGAAGCACCAGCUGCUUGAAGAUGCCCGCAGGAAAGGAAUGCCCUUUGCCCAGUGGGACGGCCCUACUGUGGUCUCUUGGCUGGAGCUCUGGGUGGGGAUGCCUGCCUGGUAUGUGGCAGCCUGCCGAGCCAACGUUAAGAGCGGCGCCAUCAUGUCAGCCCUGUCGGACACGGAGAUCCAGCGUGAGAUUGGCAUCAGCAACGCCCUGCACCGGCUCAAGCUCCGACUGGCCAUCCAGGAGAUGGUGUCCCUCACCAGCCCCUCGGCACCCCCCACCUCCAGGACGUCUUCCGGGAACGUCUGGGUCACCCAUGAAGAGAUGGAAACUCUGGCAACAUCCACUAAAACAGACAGUGAGGAGGGCAGCUGGGCUCAGACCCUAGCCUACGGAGACAUGAACCACGAGUGGAUCGGGAACGAGUGGCUUCCCAGCCUGGGGCUCCCCCAGUACCGCAGCUACUUCAUGGAGUGCCUGGUGGACGCGCGCAUGCUCGACCAUCUGACCAAGAAGGACCUGCGGGUGCACCUGAAGAUGGUGGACAGCUUCCACCGAUCCAGUCUUCAGUAUGGUAUUAUGUGUCUGAAGAGGCUGAAUUAUGACCGGAAGGAACUAGAGAAGAGGCGGGAGGACAGCCAGCAUGAGAUCAAGGAUGUGCUUGUCUGGACCAACGACCAGGUGGUUAACUGGGUCCAGUCCAUUGGGCUUCGGGACUACGCUGGAAAUCUGCACGAGAGCGGUGUGCAUGGGGCCCUACUGGCCCUGGACGAGAACUUUGACCACAACACACUGGCCCUGGUGCUCCAGAUCCCCACGCAGAACACCCAGGCACGCCAGGUGAUGGAGAGAGAGUUCAACAACCUGCUGGCUCUGGGCACCGACCGGAAGCUGGAUGAUGGGGAGGAGAAGGUGUUCCGCCGUGCGCCCUCCUGGAGGAAACGCUUCCGGCCGCGGGACCCCCACGGAGGCAUGCUCAGCGCCUCGGCGGAGACGCUCCCGGCAGGCUUCCGCGUGUCAAGCCUGGGGCCCCUGCAGCCUCCCCCGACCCCUCCAAAGAAGAUCAUGCCGGAAGCUCACUCCCACUAUCUCUACGGACACAUGCUCUCCGCCUUCCGGGACUAGCCCUGGCCCAGGCCGGCUUCCUCCUCCU